GCGAGAAAACAGCGUGGAAAUUAUGCGUUUGGCAAAAUUUCGCUCGUACGCGUGCUUCACCUUCAUUUCUCUCCACCCACGCGCGUCCAUGACGCGUUGGAUUUGAAUCCACUUACACCCCUUACGCGAGAACCCUAACCCAUUCACCCUCUCGUCACCACCGGCCAUCAUCGCUGACGACCCCGAGCCGCCGCCGACCACCCAUUCUUUCCCUUAUUCUUUUUUUUCCUUCUUCUCUAUUCUCUCUUCCCCCUUUCACCACCUCUCGAUCCUUCCCACCAUCAACCAACACCACCGCGACCGCCAGUGCCGCCGUUAACCACCACCCUCUAACCACGACCACCUUCCUUUCUUCUUCUCUUCUUCUUUGUUUCUUCUUGCUCUGCUAUUUUCGCGAUAGGAACAGUGAGCCCCAUUCCCUGAGUUCAGCACCUUCAUUCAGUGCCUCCGUUCCGCCGUCAUUACCUCCAUCAGUAUCUGCCGUUUCUGGGUCGGCGCUGCUCUUCUCUCCCUUUCAGUUUCCGUUUCUGCCUACGAAACCCUACCAGUUGACUGCUGAAUUCAAUGAAGAAAUGUUGCUGGAUCUACUGCGUUUGUGCAUUGUUGCUGAUUUGAUGUCUGAUAGGAAAGAAAAGGGAAAGGCUAAGGCCAGCUCCAAUAAAAGGAAGAGAGGACAGUCAUCCGUUGUUCUAUCGGAUGAAUUUUGGUGUGAAAAGAAUUUUUCUGAUCAAGAAAAAGCUGAUCAACUUGUGCCUGCUAAUGACCCAGUUAAAUUUGCCAACCGUUACUGUGAACUCAAGUUUCCGGUGUUUGUGGAAAACCGGAACCUCUACUUGGAAAGAAAGCUCAGAAUACCAGCCGAUUUGAGAAAGUACACUGAACUUCAGAUUGAACAGAGAGGUUGGGUAUUUCUAGAUAGAGAUCUGGCAGAGGUAAACACAUCAUGGGUCCGUGAGUUCUAUUCUAACUAUUAUAGGACAACCCUUGAUGAAGUGCAGCUUAGGGGAAAGCAGAUCUUAGUCACAGAGGAGGCUAUACAGGAUAUCCUCCACUUCUCGGCCUAAAACAGAUGAUACAGAUGGUUUUCAGAAGGCCGAGAAGUCUAUUAGAUUCAUGAGUUUUGAUUGGGAUGCUGUCCGGCGUACUAUAGCCAUUGAUCCUGAUGUUCCAUGGGCUAUGGGAAAGUCAAAGGAAACUCCACGGGGUAUAAAGGUUGUUUAUCUCAAUGAUGAGGCUAGGCUGUGGCAACAGAUACUGAGCAAAUAUGUGAUGCCUAGUACUCACGAGUCAGAAGUGCCAGCUGCCAUGAUCCUCCUUAUUUGGUGUGUCAUGGAAGAGAAGGACCUAUACCUUCCAAGACUCAUCAGGAAGUAUAUGUCUAGAGUUCAUGUGAGAGGCACAUUGGCUUUCCCUUAUUUGGUCACCCAGAUGGCUGGCCGAGUUGAGGUACCCUGGGAGCCAGAGGAUGAGAGACCACCGAUUGCCAACUGCAAGAAGGUUAUUCCGCACGGCAAGCGGUUUGACCCUCUAGACUACAGACCACCUACUACUGCUCCCACUGAGGCGGCCACUUCCUUAGCCGCACUUGCAGCACCACCUACUUCAGCACUAUCAUCCACUUCUCAGCCAGUUUACCACCUUGUGCACUGCCAUUUUGAGCGCCUUGAUCAGAUGGAGCACCGCAAUCAGCGACGCUACGAGCAGUUUGAGCGUCGCAACAAGCGACGUUAUGCACACUUGAGGCUGAUUGUGACUUCGGGGCGUACUGAUAUCCCCUCUGAGCCUGAUACACCCUCGAAGCACUAUGAGGAGGAGGAUGAGCAGGAGGAAGAUGAGCCGGAGGAGACCCAGUAGGAGGAGACGCAACAUGGGAUCCCUACAGAGCCACAGGCACAUGCAUAGCCACAGCCGACAGAGCCAGAGGCACAUCCUUUGACAGGCGACGAUCCUUAUCACCCAGCUUGACUAAGAGCAUUGAGGACGAUGCUGUGAUUUAAGUGUGGGGAGGUCGCCAUCUUUGGCGAACUAUAUUUUGGUGAACUAUUUCAGACUUUUGUUCUAUUUUACUUUAUUUUGUUUUAUUUUUCCUUUAGUACUUGCACAUUUUUAUUUUAUUGUACUUUCGUUUAUUUUUACUUUGGUGCAUUUUGUACUUUGGUUUGUAUAUAUUUUAGACUAUUAGUUUGAAUUGCACUUUUAGUUUGUUAGUUGUGAUGUGGAAAAAUAUGAAUUAUUGAGCUUACUUUACCCUUUUGC